CGGCGGCGGCCGCCGCAGGCAUCUUUGAAAAAUCCUUAGUGGUCAUGACAUUGUUACAAGUGACAUAAAUUAGCCAGUGGCUCAGAAUGAUGGAUACCCAGAAGACUACAAAUGGUUUGCAAGUGAUUGGAGAAGGGACUGGUAUAGGGAAAUCGACACUCCACAUGGUGGGGUAUUUGGGAAAAAACUGUUAUCCUUUGGAAACAACUGCACAUGAAUGUUGUCCAGUCUGCAAAGAGAAGGGUCAGAUCCAAGGUUUACGGACUUACCGCCUUAAUUUUCAAGAGUCCAUUUUCCUUUGUGAAAAUCCUCAGUGUAUCUACCCACUUGGUUAUAAACCAUUAAACAGCAUAAUAACUUCUACUGGUUCAAAAAAUCAUCAAGUUCCAACUAUUCACAAGAAAAGGAAAUUGAGUGAUACCAGUGACUUUUCUGCUGUUGAAUCAGAUCCAAAAAAAGCAAGAACUAACAAUGUACUCGAUGUUGGACACACCAUUAAUGCAGACUCCGUUGUGAAAGGCUACCAGAAUAAUUUGUGUAUUCCCAAGCCAAGCCUGCAUGAUGUAUUACAAAAUGACCAGCAAAACCCUGGCAACCAUGUGGGGUCCUGCAUGCCGAAGGUGGAUUUUGAAAAAACCACCAAGACCAACAACUGCCAAGAAAGUCCACCAAAGACUUAUAGUCCCAAAACACAACUCUUGCCAAAUUCUGAACUUUUAUCAACAGCAUCUGAAAUUUCACUCAAAGAGGAUAAAGGUUCCACUAAUAACAGAGACUUAUGUCUUCAGUGGAGAAACAUACGUAAUCUUUGUUGGUUAGAUUGUAUUUUGUCAGCACUGGUACACUUAGAAACAUUAAAAUCUGCUGUAGCAGAAGAAUAUAAAGAUGGAAAAUGUUUACUCCAGAAACUCUUAACAAAGUAUAAUCAAGCAUCUAUUCUUCUGAAUACCUGUAAAAGGAGUAAAGUAAAAGAUGUUCUUCCAAAAGCAGAAUCUCAGCUCAAUGAAAUCAGAAACUUCAUGUUUACAGAAGUUCAGCCUCAGCUGAGGUGUGAAUUGGGUAAUAUGGAGAAUCCAGUGUCUGCACUUCAGUUACUCUUACAAGUAGAUCAACAAGCUGAGAAACUGUUCUUGCAUUCGUUUUCUUGGAAGUCUGAAUGUGUACAUUGUGGCCACAAACAUCAGGACCAAUUGAAGAAAACACUAACAACAUUUACAAAUGUAAUCCCUGACUGGCAUCCACUUAACGCUGUUCAUAUUGGACCAUGUAAUAACUGUGGUAAUACAUCUCAAAGACAACAGAUGAUCUUGGAAAAACUACCCUCAAUAUUAACAUUACAUUUUAUGGAAGGCUUGCCACAUAAUAACCUGGAGAAAUAUUCAUUCCAAUUUGAGGAAGACACCUACCAAAUAACAUCUGUUGUUCAGUACCAAACAGAUAAGAAGCACUUCAUAAGCUGGUCUUUGAAUCCUGAUGGCACUUGGCUUGAAUGUGAUGAUUUAAAGGGUCCAUAUUGCAAGAGACAUCAAAGAUUUGAAGUUCCUCCUUCAGAGAUUCAUAUUGUUAUCUGGGAAAAGAAAGCAUCCCCUGUGCCAGAAGUGAAUUCACAGUUCCAAAGUAAAAAUAGUGAAGAUUUUCCUCUUAAUAAUGUACAUUCAAAUUCCAGAGUGUUGCAUUGUGAUUUUGAUAACACUGUCGGCAAAGCACCUGCAGAACACCACAAAGAGGAUUCUGUGAGGACUCCAGAGAAGAAACAGCAGCAAGUAGCUGAGGACAAAAGUAUUGUUCAUCAUGGUUUAGAAAAUCUGGCAGAUGGUGAUCUUGUAAAACUGAUGCUUGAAGAAGAUCUAGCUGCUUCUGAAGAUAAAUCACUGCCUAACGGACGGAUGGUGGAAAAUGACCUUCUUGAUGGAUGGGGCACACCACAACAGCAGGAACCAGCUUUUCCACUUAGCACUCCAUAUACAGGAGAGUUUGCUGGAACUAGUCUAACUAUGAGCAACAAAUCCAUGUUAUAUGAAAAUUCCAGUAUUUGUUUACCUCUAGGUGAGUUGAACCCAGUAAAUAUUAUUCCUCCUGUGCCCAUAAAACACGACCCUGAUUCAUCUGACUCCUCACCUUCUCAAUUAAAUGACAGGUCUAAUUUAGCUAACAGAGAACAUGGAUUAAAUUCAGAACUGCUAAACAAGAAGUUGUUAGCAAUGGAAAAUACCAUACAAAAAUCACCUGACUUGAAAGGUACAAGCAAAACGGUAGUUAAUUCUCAAGUUGGCAGUUCUUCUGGUGCCAGUAAUUCAGUCCAGCCCUCACACAAAGACCAAAAAGGAGGAUUUGUAGGAAGCUGGGUAAAGAAAUUAUUAAUCAAGAAUACUUCUUUUAUGCCUUCAAGUGCCUCAGCUCUCAAGGAUGAGAGAAGUUGCAAAACUCCCUCAGUGCAAAAAAUAAGUAAAGUUCGGCUGCCAGUUAAGGGCGCAAGUAACUUUGGUGGAUUUCAAAGCAGAGAUACAAAGAAAACAGCGGAGACCCCAAAGUUACUGGCUCCUCAGAGUAAUAAUACUCAUCCUUUAUCAAAUUUCAAAGGAUUUUCUCAAAGCACUUGUCUUCCAACAGCAAAUCAUACCACUGUUGUAGGUCCAACUUGGAAUAAGUCACAAAGUACGUUGGGUACCUCAGGUAAAGUGACUCAGUUCCCUUCACCUGGCUAUAAUUCUGGUAAGGCAGAAGAGUCAGACAGUGACAAAACAAAAAAACUUCGCCUAAAAUUAUUAAAAAAACUUAAUGCUAAAAAGAAGAAGUUGGCUUCACUGGAUAAAUUAGCAGUGGAACAGAUGAAACGGGAAAAACCUGUGAGUGGAGAUGUUAGCGCCCCAUCGCAGACUGAACCUCAAAAUGAGAGUGAAUUAUUGCAGAGCUUUUUAAGGGAGCUGCCGUAUCAGAUUGAUGUCACAGGGAAUGGAUCUGAAUUUAAUGCAAACACUGUGCCAGGGUGCACUGGGCAUGAUAACACCGAUGAAAUACUGGCAGAAUUACUGUCCCCUUCUUUGACUGUCGCUUCCUUGGAGGCUCCAAAGAGCGAAGACGAGUGUAUGUACAUGGAAAUGGUGCACAGCAGCGUGGCAACAACCACGUCCGAUGAGGACACCAGUGUGCCACAGGCAGCAGUGACAAGUGAGGACCACAAUUACUACAGUCCUGUAAAGGACACUAAUUCGGAGCUUGAUGCAAUAAAUAAACAGUGUGUGAAGAAACUUUCUUUUGAAAGUCCUAUGAGAGAAGAUAUUCUCGAAGACCUGUUCUCAAUUUCAGCACCAAGCUCCAUGGCAGGUGACAUAGAUUUACCUCAUUUUGAUGAAACUCUGUUUGAAACUUGGUAAAUACUGAGUUUCUUGGGUUUAAGUAUUUUUUCAGUAUUAUGUAUGUUUUGAAACAAAGCACUACUAAAUUAUAUUUUAUAACUAUAAUUGCACACUGGCUGUACUUGAACGAUUUACAUUUGAGGUAUUUUUUUCUUUAUAUUUAUUGUAACAAGCAAAUCAGGGUUUGAUGAAUUUUAUUUUUCUAAGAAGCAGUUAUCUUAGCUGUCAGAUAUGAUGGUGAUUUUUAAUUAAAAGCUCCUAUAAGUCUUAAUUUUUGCUGCUUUUAAUAUAAAAAACUUACAUACUCCAGUGAGUUGGAAAAAUAAUGAAGUUCUGUAGUCUUGAUGAUGUAAUGGUGUAAGAAAUACUACUUCUGUAGUAGUGAUUUUUACAGGACCACUCAACUCCUGAAGUUACUUUGUCCAAUAUUUAAAAAAGAAAUUUAAAGUACCUUCUGUAAUUAAGGAAUUUUGCAUCCUCUGAUAUGAAGAUCAUUUGUAACAUAAACUUGAGGCUGGCAUUCUGCUAGGCUGGCAUUCAACUCCUUACACUAUUACAGUUCUACAAGCUCAUGCUGAUGUAUACACCCCUUGGAUCCAAGAAAAAGUGGAUACAUGGUAAAAAUUUCCCUAUUUAAAGUUACAGCACCUACUGAGCUUUCAUCCUAGGUAACUGUGAAUAUAACUUGGUAGAAUAUCUUCUGAGCCAGGUUAUUUUUUUAAGUAGAAUUAGUAAGAUUUGGUCCAGAGUUUGCAUCACUAAGAAUAUCAGAUGUACCCAUUAGUUUUUCAUAGCUGCAAAAAACAUGUAAUAAAAGAAAGGUUUCUCAGAAUUAAUUUGAGUGUAAGUUAAUGCCUAUUACUGUUGUCACUUGGAGUUUUUCAUGACUCAGGCACUGCACCCCCGACCGUAUGUGAGAUGCCAAGGAGAGGCAAGGUCAGUAGGAAGAAAGGAAUGGAAAAAUGUGGCAAGACAGCAGUGAGUAAGCAGAGGAUUCACACCUUGGUGUUUCUGGAUUUGUAUAGCUUUCAUGUUGCUGAUUUGGAGUCAUUUUAAAAUGCAUAGACACAAAGCUGAGGGUAUUAGAUUAGAUGUACAUUUUUCUUGUUCUUGAAAAUAAGAAGGAUUUUAUCAGCAAAUCUUUAUAUCAGGCAUUUUUAGAGGUGUUCUGCAUUUUUUUCGUUGUUUUAGAACCCAAGUUCAAAGCAUUAAAUGUUCAGUCUUACUUUUCCAGUAGGUGCAGUUGAAAAUAAUACUAUUACAUGGCAUGGCUACAGAUUCUAAUGUGUUUGGAUUGUUUGAACUAGGUUUAAAAAGUGUUUGAAAAACUAACAGUGGCCCUGAACUCGCUGUAAUAACUUACUUCUGCUGCAGUUUGGUACAUUGUUAUCAAACUGAUACUUCAGGCAGUGAAUGUUUCAAUUUUUGAAAUUUAAGUUAUUGUGAAGAACUUGAGCUUCCUUGUUUUAAAUACUGUAAUUGGUAAUGUUACAAUAGAAAACAAAUUAAUUCUGAAUGUUAAGGGCUGGUGUACUGCUUGUGAAAUGUUUACCCAUUUGUGAAUUCCCUAAUUAAAAAAAUAAAAAAAAAAAAGCUGACCAAA